AUGCUCUACUUUUUGUUUGUACUUUCAUGCAUAUCGUUAUGCAAUGGAGCAACCAAUUGUCCCUUAAUGGGACCGACAUUCCCAAAACCUCAAUAUCUGUCCAAGAGUGCGGUACUGAACGCCGCGAUUCAGAACCUGACGAGCCUGUUCACGGCGAUAGAUGCAGACAAUUCGACUGGAAGUUACAAUAACUCGUAUUCUAUUCAAGUCUUCUCAACCACUAGCUCGACACCACUCUUCGAGCACUCACACACAGCUCAGAACCUCACAAACCAGAACACCACUGGAGUCACGAAGGUUGAUGCAGACACGGUCUUCAGAAUAGGAAGUCCUACGAAAGCCUUCGCUAUAUAUGCAUUUUUGAUUGCCGCGGGAGAUGUAUACUUCAACGAGCCCGUCACGAAGUAUAUACCUGAGCUUGCGGCACUCGCUGCUAAUCAAUCUGGAAAUGCACUCACGAAGGUGGCGUGGGGUGAUAUCACGAUUGGAGAGUUAGCAAGUCACAUGGCUGGAAUCGCAAAUGAUAAUACGGUCAUUGGAGAGCUGAGCUUGACCAUGAAGCCAAAUGAGUCCAUUGCAUUGGGUUUUCCUCCUUUAGCAUCAGCUCAAAUUCCUCCCUGUGGUGCUUAUCCACUCUGCAACCGUACACAAUUCUUUGAGACUUUUCAACAUCUGUAUCCAGCUUUUGCAUCAGCUGAGACUCCAGCGUACUCGAACAUUGCUUUCCAGGUUUUCGCCUAUGCACUUGAAGGUAUUACUGGAAAAAGUUUCGAAUCUUCCAUUGAAGACGGAAUUCUAAAGCCACUGGGUCUCAGUCACACUUUUUACAACGCCCCGAAUGAAUCUCUGGGAGUGAUUCCUGGAACAUGGAAAGCUACUCAGUGGGCUGUACAACUUGGAGACGAAACUCCGGCGGGAGGCAUGUACUCAUCAGCAAACGACCUCGCCUCGUUCGGUCGUUCAAUCAUGAAUUCCACCCUUUUGAGCUCAGCACAAACAAAUCGCUGGCUCCAGCCCGCAACUCUGACCUCAGAUAUUCGAGAAACAGUCGGCUGGCCAUGGGGUCUCCGAAGAAUCCAACUCCAUCCCGACAGACCCUAUGAACUAAUAACCGCAUUCAACAAAGCUGGCGUAAUCGGCUCAUACAGCUCUCUCAUUUCACUACUCCCAGAAUACGACAUCGGAUUCUCGAUUCUGGUUGCGGGUGAUGGAGCACUUAGUAAUUGGGAAAUUGCUGAUAUAUUUGGGAAUGCGAUCGUUCCUGCUAUGGAACAAACUGCCAGAGAAGAAGCUCAGUCUACUUACGGAGGCACAUAUCAAAGCAGCACACUCAACUCCUCCAUCGUUCUUGCUACUGAUCCGAAUCGUCCUGGGAUCGGAAUCAGUUCCUGGAUCAGCAAUGGAACGGAUAUGCUGCUCGUAGCCAAUCUUCUAUCUGAUAAUUACGUCAGUAAGAAUUUCAGCGCGAGACUGUAUCCUACGGAUCUGCAAGUCGUGAAUGCGGAUGGGAGUAAACAGCUUUCUAUGAAAGCGGUAUUUGAGGAUUUGUCGAAUACGUUGCAGGAUAGUAUGUUUCUGGCGACUUGUGGGACCUGGAUUGAUCCUACAGGGUUGGUUUAUGGGGCUCAAGCGCUGGAUGAAUUUAUUUUUGAUUUGGAUAAGGACGGAAAGGUGGUUAGUAUUUCGCCGUUGGCGUUGAGGAUUGUUUUGUCGAAGGUGGGGUAA